AUGAUCAAAAUUUGAGCAAAUAAAGAGCCAACAUGUACCUCAAAAAGCAGUUAUAGGCUUAAUCAGGAUCUUAAUUAUGAUACAUAUCAGACGAUGAGUCAGGAGCCAAAAGAGAAAGUCGGGUUGAUUAAUGUCUUAACAGAAUUUAAAAAGUUAUAAAUGAAAAGAAGAAAUCUCAGAAGAAAAGUCCAAGGAUGAAGGUCAGCCAUCCCUUAAAGAAGAUUGAGAUUGGAGGUUCAUUGGUUAAAUUUCAGGAUGGUAGCUCAAGAAGUGCCCUAGCUAGAGACGGAAUUUCGAAAGUUGAGAUAAAGCCAAUGAGUUACUCCAGAAUAAAGUUUCUCAAGAAUUUUAAGGCUAAUUCUUCCAAUUCUAGAGCAACUAAGCCCAAAGCUGCACAUGAAAUUAUGCUGAGUUUCUCUAAGAUCAGUCAAUUUGAAGGGGAAAGCUAUAAUUUUCCAAGUUCCUUACAGAAAAAGAAGUUUCAAAGGAAUAGGAAUCAUACUACUAAGAAAGAGCACUCUUUGAAACUUAGCAGGUAUAAUAAAGAUAUCGCUGAACUACUGAAUAAAGAUGCUAUUGAUUCCCCAUCGAUGAAAUAUGGCCUAAAGACCAUGGACACAAAGAGAGAAAAGUCUGAGAAGCCUAAACUGAAUAGAGCUUCUUCUGUAGCAUUCAGAGCUGAAUCUAAACAACAAGUUUCAGUCCAGAGUAACAAUCUAAGCAGCGGUGAGGUUCUCCCGACAGUGAAUAGAAAUGUGAAUUCAAAGUCGCAGCAACGUAGGAUAUCUAAGCCAAUUCUGCUACCAAAAGGUAGGAAGUCAUCUGUAAAGCCACCUGUAACAUGAACUCCACAGAUAAAGUAUCUCAGUCGGCGCCAGAGAGAAGAGAGAGAACGGUUAAGGCUAGCCAACCAGAGUGCUAUAGUCCAAAUGAACUAUAGCAAAGACAUUUCAGAAGAUGAUGUUACUCUUAGAAGGAAUAGAUCUGAGAAUGAGUGAUGGUCGAAUGUUCAAGGAAAAUCUAAUAGUGGUGGUAGGCACGGGUCUAAAGCUUUCAAAACUCCUGCCAAGGUGUCUCCGAUAAGAGGGAAAAUAUCGACAUGAGGUUUGCAAACAGCCCAAAAAUCCAUCAUUGAAAGUCCAGUAGUGCCAGAACUAAUGAAUGACUCUUUCGACUUAAUCAAGAAAUCCUCAAAAGAGAUAAUGACGAUCAGGAAGCAGUUAUUAGUCACAGACUUUUUCGAGUCUCAAAAAUCUCUUGAUAAACGGACUACUGCAUUUUACACACUUUUUCGGAAAUAUAGUGCUUUAGCUAAGACUUUCCAGAACGAUGAGAAUCCUUACGAAGAAAUUGUAGACUUCUUGAUCCAAAAUAAGAACCAACUGGUGAAGGCAGGUAGGUUCGAGGCCUCAGACUCCAUCAAACUCCAAGCAAACAAAUAUUUGCCAAGGAUUAAGAAGAAAUUACCGAUUAAGAAGCAGAAUAUUGAAGAGUCUGAAGCUGUAGAGGUACCUCUGCUUACUCCUGAACAGACUGAGGAAGAGGAGCUAUUGAGAUAUGGAAGAAAUUUAGCAGCACAGUUAAGACAGGAGAAACAGAAGUUAGCAUAAAAUCUUUAACAAUAUAUGAGUUAAAAAAUUUACAAUUUAACUG